AUGCAAGUGCUUAAACAGAAGACGAUAGAAACCCUCAAUCUGGAUCUUGUGGCACACACGAAUCCACCUUCAAGCAGAGCAAACGCGCCACCAAAGCCCCUUCUGAGUCGAGCAUCCAUGGAGAGACUAAUGUCGCCACAUCCAGGACCAGCCACAAGCCACGUCCCCUCAUCGACUCCUCUCUUUGGCACUGAAAUCUCUAACACCCCAACAAACCGAGCGGCCAUCUUCUGUCGGUUAACAGACCUGUGGUCGCUUAUUUCACGUCGCGCUGAUAAUGAACUGGAGGCCGCAAAUCUCCAGACAAAGUCCCCGCUUGAAUGCAACACGGUUAUGGUAAAAGUGUGCAAAACAGUGGGGAUCUCGCUCACUUCUUCAGUGGCCACUCGCUUGUCGUUCUGGAACGCAAACGAGCAAGGAGUCGACUUUGAUUCGUUUUGCGAUCUAGUGAUCCAAUGCGCUAUCCAGCCAGCUCUUCACCAUUUCAACUUGGACAACUCCAUCGCUGAGUACGUAGCUGCACUCGAUCUAAUCACACAAAGUCUCGUGGCCAUGGAACCAGCUCGACGCUUGAAGCAACUUAACGAAAUCCAGCCGGUUUUUAUGAGUUGGAAAGCUGGCGUCACUCCUCGUUAUGUUCAAGCUGUAGAGGGUACACCACCACAAACUUUGCUCACCGCUGAGAAGGUGCGAAGGGCUCUGGAAGCCUCAGCUAGUCAGCAUAUGCUCGCACAUCAGCUCCCGUCUGAAGAAGCGCGCGUCACUCAUGUUGCGAAUAUCCGUCGCAAAGUUCAGCUGUACAAGUCGUGGCAGUCUACUGAUGAAAAAAAGGCAAUUCGGUCGGAGAAUGAAGAAGUUCUCGUGUGCGGUUCCUGUUCCAUUCGACGUGCAGUGUUGUGGUGCUCGUCGUGCUUCACGGUAAAUUGUCAGAUGUGCUGGCAAGAAGUUCACUUUUGCACCGUUGACAUGUCGAGCGUAUCGUCAGAAACGUCAGCGAGGGAGCCACUACUAGGGCCCAGUGCGCUUGGUAUCAAGACACGCAGUGAAAAUGCCACACUGAGCCCGCCAGUGGCCAUGAUCUAUUUGCCAACAAGAGCGAUGAAGUCCGGGACACUGGCAAAAGGCGUUCGACACUUACGAAAUAUCUCCAAUCAAGUAAAUGCCAUUAAAGGCGAAAUUCCACUUGUUGUGGCUAACGCUAUCUUGCCUUCUCUUCCUAAGAGUCGGUCAACUGGCACACUACCGCGACAUUUUGAGCGCCCUCAGGUGGAAAGCACACCCGCUCGUGCAACAGAUUCAGUAGCUUAUUCGACGCUAGGCAAUCAGACAAGUGGCUCGACGGAGCUCGCCAAGCGUCUGCAGAAACAUCACUCUGGGUCCCGGUCAAAGCUCCACCUCGCUCCAGUAUCGCUUGAGGCAGAAUUGCUACUGUCAACUACACCAGAUCGACGACGAUAG